CACUGGGGUCUUCACCCCGCUCCUCCCAGUCCCAUCCUUUUCUGAUGCCAAGCCCCAGCAUUCCUCAACGGCUCGGCCUGCUGGGGUUUUGAGCCGGAUCCGCUUCCCGAACCCGGGAGCUGGGAAGGGGAGUGUGGAGCGCCAAGUGGGGGGCAAGGAGGCCCCUCGCCCUCUCCACCCCUCGCCCCCCCCACCCCUUCGCCCCGGCCCCGGCCCCUCCCGACUCCCGGUUGCGGCGCUUCCUGGGCGGAUGGUUGGGACUUGCUGCAGCAGCUGCGGUUCUGCUGUGUCAUGCAAGGAGGCGGCGGCGGCGGCGGCGGCGGCGGCCGGAGCUGGAGGGGGAGGAGGGGAGGAACCUGAUCUCUCCGGUAGCGAAGGGCUGGAGGCAAACACCGAGCUCCCCCAGAGCCGCCCGGGAGCAGGGAGGGCUCCGCUACCUCGGGGGGCCCUCCCCGCGGGGCAGAUGAGUUCAGUAUCCAGACUCUUUGAGCUGUGUUCUUGGGGGUCAUGUGUUUCAUCCUACUGCCUUUCCAUAAAUUAUUGGAUUCAUAACUCACUCCAUACUUGAUAACAUGGGGAUUGGAAUAAGGUAUGUCCAACGUGCAGAGGGCGCAGAGGUGAAUCAGAGGAUGCACUGUUAGUGGGAAGAUGGACAGGAGGAGUCAAGACCAAAGACACAGAUGCAGAUAGUGGGAAGAGGAAAGUGUCAAACCCACUUGGGCAGAAGGCCUCAGUAAGCUUGCUUCACUGUGUCUGGCAAAUCAAAGCCCCAAUCAAGGAAGCAGCUCAUUUCAUGGUUUCCAAAAACAUUUUAGUGGAUAAACCAAAUGACCAGUCUUCAAGGUGGUCUUCAGAGAGCAACUAUCCACCCCAGUACUUGAUUUUGAAGCUUGAAAGGCCUGCAAUAGUCCAGAAUAUCACAUUUGGAAAGUAUGAGAAAACUCAUGUCUGCAACUUGAAGAAGUUUAAAGUCUUUGGUGGAAUGAAUGAAGAGAAUAUGACGGAACUAUUGUCUAGUGGAUUAAAAAAUGAUUAUAACAAAGAAACAUUCACUUUGAAGCAUAAAAUUGAUGAACAGAUGUUUCCUUGUCGAUUCAUUAAAAUAGUUCCACUCUUAUCCUGGGGACCCAGCUUUAACUUUAGCAUCUGGUAUGUUGAACUUAGUGGCAUUGAUGAUCCUGAUGUAGUACAACCCUGUCUCAACUGGUAUAGCAAGUACCGUGAACAGGAAGCCAUUCGUCUUUGCCUCAAACACUUCAGGCAACACAACUAUACAGAGGCCUUUGAAUCAUUGCAAAAGAAAACCAAGAUUGCUCUGGAACAUCCUAUGUUAACAGAUCUGCAUGAUAAACUGGUUUUGAAGGGUGAUUUUGAUGCUUGUGAAGAAUUGAUUGAAAAGGCUGUAAAUGAUGGCUUAUUUAAUCAGUACAUCAGUCAACAGGAAUACAAGCCACGAUGGAGUCAGAUCAUUCCCAAAAGUACCAAAGGUGAUGGAGAAGAUACCAGGCCAGGAAUGAGAGGGGGCCAUCAGAUGGUUAUUGAUGUUCAAACAGAGACUGUUUAUUUGUUUGGUGGCUGGGAUGGAACACAGGAUCUUGCCGACUUCUGGGCAUACAGCGUGAAGGAAAACCAGUGGACAUGUAUCUCUAGGGACACUGAGAAAGAGAAUGGCCCCAGUGCCAGAUCGUGUCAUAAAAUGUGCAUUGACAUUCAACGAAGGCAAAUCUACACAUUGGGGCGUUAUCUGGAUUCCUCUGUGAGGAACAGCAAAUCUCUGAAAAGUGACUUUUAUCGUUAUGACAUUGACACAAACACAUGGAUGCUGCUCAGCGAGGACACUGCCGCCGACGGAGGACCGAAAUUGGUGUUUGAUCAUCAGAUGUGUAUGGACUCGGAAAAGCACAUGAUCUACACUUUUGGCGGCCGGAUUCUGACGUGUAACGGCAGCGUGGACGACAGCAGAGCCAGUGAGCCUCAGUUCAGCGGUCUGUUUGCUUUCAACUGUCAGUGCCAAACCUGGAAACUUCUUCGCGAGGACUCCUGUAACGCUGGCCCGGAGGACAUCCAGUCUCGGAUAGGACACUGCAUGCUAUUCCACUCAAAAAAUCGUUGCUUAUAUGUAUUUGGUGGCCAGCGAUCGAAGACCUACUUGAACGAUUUCUUUAGUUACGAUGUGGACUCUGAUCAUGUAGACAUAAUCUCAGAUGGCACCAAGAAAGACUCUGGAAUGGGGAUGCUGCUUUCUACUUCCCUUAAAGGGCUGAAAGUUCCAAUGACAGGAUUCACACAGAGAGCAACUAUUGAUCCCGAACUGAAUGAAAUACACGUCUUAUCCGGACUUAGCAAAGACAAGGAAAAGAGAGAAGAGAACGUUAGAAAUUCAUUCUGGAUUUAUGACAUUGUGAGAAAUAGUUGGUCUUGUGUCUAUAAGAAUGAUCAAGCUGCAAAGGAUAAUCCAAGUAAAAGUCUUCAGGAGGAAGAACCAUGUCCAAGAUUUGCCCAUCAGCUUGUAUAUGAUGAGUUACACAAGGUUCAUUAUUUAUUUGGUGGGAAUCCAGGAAAAUCUUGCUCUCCAAAAAUGAGAUUAGAUGACUUCUGGUCACUGAAGUUGUGUCGGCCUUCAAAGGAUUACUUGCUGAGGCAUUGCAAGUACCUCAUAAGAAAACACAGGUUUGAAGAAAAGGCCCAAAUGGAUCCUCUUAGUGCUUUGAAGUAUUUACAAAAUGACCUUUAUAUAACUGUGGAUCAUUCAGACCCAGAAGAGACAAAAGAGUUUCAGCUCCUGGCUUCAGCUCUAUUCAAAUCGGGUUCAGAUUUUACGGCUCUUGGCUUCUCGGACGUGGAUCACACCUAUGCCCAAAGAACUCAGCUCUUUGACACCUUAGUCAAUUUCUUUCCUGACAGCAUGACUCCUCCUAAGGGCAACUUGGUAGAUCUCAUCACUCUGUGACGGAGAACACUGGAGUCACUAGAUGGACGUGAAGAGCAGGACCCUGCCGGCAGUGUUUGGGUGCGGGCUCUGGCUGACCAGCACUCAGGCCGCCGCGAGCACUGCGCCGGGGGUGUGAAGGGAUCUUCAUUGUCACGAGUUCUAAACCCUCUUCCUUCAUACCCGAUCUCAACCCCAUUCUCCUCACCCCAUUCUUAAAUUAGGCUAAUAAAAUGAAAUUGGUUUACUUUCCAUUUAAA